UUCUUAUAGUUCUAGAUUCGUAUCGGGAUGGUUCUGAAGGACACACUUUAUUGUUGUCCUUGUCGUAUUAAAGUCCGUGUAUGGAGUGAAAUACAGGCAGCGAGCCAUGUAUUCUGAGUUGUUAUAAAAAAUGAUACAUGAUUAAUAUCACAUCAGGAACACAACUAUGUUCACUGCGGGAGCGGAGAGUUUGAUCAAACAGGCCAGAGAAAUACAAGAUGAAGACCUGCAGAAAUUCUAUAUCCGUGUAUCCAAACUCCUCCACGGUAAAGACUUCGGAAAUGAAACCGUGGAUUGCCUGCAGAGACUUUACCUCAUUGUUUCAGCAACAAAAUACAGCCGGGAAUUGCCCGAGGAUGUCCUUCAGAUGCUGCAGGACCUGCUGUGCUCCCCCAAGACCACUGAGCAGUUCCAGGCACUGUCUUGUGCCAUUCUAAGGGAGAGCAUUCCUUGUGACAUCCGGAACCUAUCCAGUGAGGAGGCUAACAGUAAAACCAUGAGCCAUGUAGCUGAGGUGACUCUUGCACAUGUAAGCAACUUCAAAACAGUUUAUGCUACCUGA